AUGAAGAGCAGCGCUGAGCUCCCAGUGCGUCUCAUAACGCACAAUAUCCGCUACGCCACGACAUCGCCUUUCAAAGGCGAAAAACCGUGGGCAGACCGGAAGCAACUUCUGCUGAACGAGCUAUACUACAACACUCUCUACAACCCGGAGUCCUUCAUCUGCCUACAAGAAGUCCUGCAUAACCAGCUGGUUGACAUCAUGGGCGGGCUUGGUGACGAGUUCAGCUACAUCGGCGUGGGAAGGGACGAUGGGAAAGGGAAGGGGGAGUACAGUCCGAUUAUCUACAGAAAAGGAGUGUGGAGGGUGGAGAGCUGGAAGACGGUAUGGUUGAGCGAGACGCCGGACGUGCCUGGGAAAGGCUGGGAUGCGGCCUCCGUGCGAAUCGUUACCGUGGGGACGUUCCAGCAUCAAGGGAGCAGGAAGCGGGUUGUGGGCAUGUGCACGCAUUUGGAUGAUCAGGGACAGAAGAGUCGGACUGAGAGCGCGAAGCUCAUCCUCAAGGUCAUCGAGCAGGCUACGAAAGCCGGCAACUCUUCAGAACGGUUACCGGUAUUCCUAGGCGGCGAUCUUAAUUCUGAGCCCUCGGGCUCCGCAUUCCAGAUUCUGAAUGGGGAGGAGUCGAGCUUGCAGGAUGUGAAGGAAUUGAGUAGGUGGAGGUAUGGGGAUAUCAAUACGUUCACGGGGUUCCAGGACAGCACGGCGAAGACGGAGAUAGAUCAUAUAAUAGGAUGGUGUACCGAGGGCGCCAACAUCGUCGAGCUCUGUGAGCGCGGCGACAAGCUGCUAGAAGAGGAGACCUCAAAGGUAUACAAGGGAAAGAAGGUCGCCAAGGGCAUUGGACACUGCACCACUAUCUCCCCGAGCUCCUACAUCACCCCGUAUACACCCCUGAAGUCCGACCCCGAGGAAGCCGCAACUACACUGAAGGCGGGAGAAUGCGUCAAGAUCCAGCUGGGAGCUCAGAUCGAUGGCUUCUGUGCAAUCGUCUGCGAUUCCGUCUUGGUGGGCGUCUCUGGCGAGGUCACCGGACGACAGGCGGACCUGAUGCUGGCCACAUACUACGCCAAUGAGCUGCUGCUGAGACUGAUGCUCCCGCCCGGGCUAGUCGCUCAUGGCACGGAAGAGGAGCAGAAGAAGGCCGCUGCCCGGAAGCCCUACACCCAGACUCAAAUCACUCAGAUGUUGGAGAAGGUCGUCAAGGCAUAUGACUGCAAUCUCGUCGAGAGCACCACAAUCUGGCUAUUCGAACACAACGAGAUUGAGGCCAAGAAGAAGAUCAUUCUGGCACCGGGCGAGGGUGUCAAGGGUGAGGGCCUGCCGGAGGUUGGUGAGGCAUGGGGUGUUGAGAUGGGAGUUAGCUUGGGAAGCGGCAAGGUCAAGACGAUUGACAAUAAGCGGGCAACCCUACAUCGCCGUACGGCCACUACCUAUGGUCUCAAGCGUCCAACUUCCAGGGCGCUUUUGUCCGAGGUCACUAAGAAGUUCGGCACUUUCCCUUUCAGUCUGAGGCAGCUGGAGGAUGAGAAGGCGGCUAAAGUGGGCGUCAUUGAAUGUGUGCGAGGAGGUGUCCUUCGUCAGUACGAAGUCGUCGGCGACAAGAACAACGACUCCGUUGCUAGGCUAUUUACCACAAUUGCCAUUACGAAGAACGGAAUGCAGCGCUUGGCCAAACCCCCACCACUAGACCUCGCUAAGUACAAAUCGGACAAGAAGAUUACGGACGAGGAGAUCCUUAAGAUCCUCGAGCAACCUAUCGGCAAGCCGGCUUCCAAGAACAAGAACCGAAAGAAGAAGAAGAAGCCCGCCAAGAAGGCCGCCGAAGAGGAGGACGAGGAGGAGAUGCCUCACCUCGCCAUGCCGGCGCUCCGCAAAAGAGACCGCAAGAGUCGGACAAGCACUCCUCUAGCAACACCCACCGACACCCCCACCCAAGGCUCGGACCCUCGAAAAGAGAAGACCCAGAGCAAUCUAGACGCGUGGGUCGAGCCGGUACCGCAAAAUCCCACGCCCUCGUUCGAAGAGCACGGUUUCGCGCGACACGGCGUUCUCGAGACCAUGGCGCCUCUCGGCUCCCUCCCGUCCUCCAAGAUGAAGCAGAAGGCGCGCGCCCUCGGCGAGGCGACUAGCCGGCGCCUGUUUGGCAGGAAGAGCAAUGCGUACGUUGGUGAGGAGGAGGGCUCUACCCCAGAGUUGACCCCGGCACCCGAGCUCGACCGCGACGAUUCCGAGCGCCAGGACGACGACGAUAUGCACGCCGCGUUUCCCGAGCAGGACGAAGACGAGGAUGACGAGUACGUCCCCAGCAAGAAGAAAGCGAAGACGUCGCACGGCACAAAGACUCCGGUCAGGGGCAAGGGCGCCGCGGCCACCAAGACUGGUUCUCACGGCAAGACACCCGUGAAGAAUGGCAUAAGCAAGUCAUCGACGGCCUACGCCAGCCCGGUGAAGCAGACCACCCCGCUGAACGAUUUGGACGACGCCACCCAGCAGCGAAUUCAGAUUGCGGUGAACGACGCCAUCGCCCGAGCGAAUAAGCACAAUAAGAGGGACGUGGGCAUAGCUCUCAAAGACAUGUUCGAAACGAGCCGCAGCGACUCGCCGCUUGCAAAGUCACUAGACGGAGUCAUCCACCAGAAGGAGACUGCCGAAGACUGGAGCCUCUUCCGCUCAUUCGUCAAGGCUGCGCGGCGCCGCUUCAAGCGUGAACUCAGGAUCCAAGAGGCCGUAGAGGCACAAGCAGCGCAAGCAGCAUCCGCUUUCACCGAGGGACCUGAGGUCGCUUCACCAACUGCGGGCAGCGAAAUUGCACCCAACGACUCAGCCUCCGCUACAUUUGAUCUGGACACCGCUGCACCAGCUGCGAAACAGCCAUCAAAAUCUGUCGGACUCACCCCAGAAGACGCGACUCUAGCCCCAGUAUCUCCUGUUGAUCUGGAGCCUGCUGCAAUCGCACCUCAUCCGCUCACCAACGCCCCGGCUUUCCCGGUAACCGAAGCAACCUCUCCACCAGCGACCAGGAUGUCGUCGAAGUCACCCCGUAAGCAACGCGUCACAAACGGUAACGUUGCGCUAGAGUCUGAGCUAGAUGCCACCGCAGAGGCAUCUACCACCGCUCCCACUCCUGCCGCGAAGACGCCAGAGUCUGGCGGCGCGAGCGACUCCGAUCUCUCUGACGUCAAUGAAGAAAUCCUUCAGCAACCACAACCACCUCAGCCUGCCCCCGCGGCUGUCCAGGUCAAUGGACACGCCGCCGCCGCUGUACCGAAGAAAGCGAAGAACGCCGCGCUUGCUCGCGCUGGCAAGAAGUCGAGGGCAAACUCCACGAAGCCGUACGGCAAGGGCAAGGAGAAGCCACAACCCACCCCGGAGGAGCUAGCCGAGCAGGAAGAGCUUCAGAAGAAGCGACAGGCCAUGUCUGAAGGCCAGUCGUCGCUCAUGAACAUGCUCGCUCCUACUUCCGACAUCCGGUUCGACGACGAGAUCCUCGAGACAGAGUCCUUGACCGAGUCCCAAAUCGCCGUAGGACCGCCAGUCGACGCCAACCGUCCGCGUCGUGCAGGCCGGGCUCCUCGCAACGGCAUCACCGUCAACAUCGCCGGCGCAAAGCGACGGCGAGACGACUCUAGCUUCUCAUCACCGAGGCUCGACUCAGCUGCCACGUCUCGGCCAUCGACGCCCGCCAUCAGCCACGUGCCCAACAAGCGACUAAAGCUGAACAAUGGUCAGGCCCCAGCAGCCAGGACGAAGAAAUCGCCGGUUAAGAACCGAGAUGGACCUAUCGCAGGUAUCCCACACACUGGCGGUGGCGGUUCGAGACAGUCGGGGCCUGAUGACAACGACCCAGGAUCGCCACCAUCGGAGAGCGACGACAUCUGUUCAGCCUGCAAAGGCGCGGGCGAGUUUGUCUGCUGCGACAACUGUCCACGUGUUUUCCACUUCCUUUGCUGCGAUCCACCGCGUUUCGAUGCUCCUCAAGGAUCGUUCCUGUGCCAUGAGUGCACUGCAAAGCUGAAACCCGCUGACGAACCGGAGUCUUAUCCUAUCCUUGGACCGCUGUUCAAGGCACUGGAGUCCAUCAACCCGCGCGCGUUUGCCCUGCCGGCGGACGUCCGGAACCACUUCGAGAAUGUUGCAGCACGGCCAGACGGCUCCUUUUUCGAGGAGACCAAGAAGUUCCCGUUGGCCAAGAGCAGCGGCUACGGCUACCAGAAGCCUGAUUACACAAAGGUCCUGGACGGUGACCACAAGCCCAUCUGCUGCGUAUCAUGCGGGUUGACAUCUGGUGGUAAGCGCCAGAUGCUCAAAUGCGACUUCUGCCAUGCCCACUGGCACCUGGAUUGCUUGGACCCGCCUAUGGCUAACCCGCCACACAUCAACCUUGAGUCGUCGCACCGCGACGCGUGGCGGUGCCCGCGUCACAUCGAGCACGAUCUUCGUAGCGGCAACGUGGUGCAGAAUGACCUGAAUGAAGCACAGGAUGACACCAUCAUGGUCGAUGCCCCGGCUGCUCGGCUUGGCCGGAAGAUCCGAAAGCCUAGGCACCCGAAGAUUAUCGAACCCACCUUCUCACGUGGCAUGCGCAACAACGGUCUCAUUGAGAUCAUCAACGACCCCGACGACGACACCGACGGGGAGGGCAACUAUGUGUUUGGCCCUGAUGACAAGGACCUCAACUCGAACGUCUACCGCGUCCCAGAGAAGGGACUCAUCCUUGAUUUCGUUGACAAAGUCAAAGGUAGCCGUAUCACGAAGAAAUCGAAGAUGGCUGCAGCGUCUGAGAAGGCUGCUACCCAGCGGAAGAAUUUCGCCGCUCGCCCGAUCCAGCAGCAACAGGUAGCCCUCAACCUUGCGCAGCUUGCAAAGAAAGAGAAGGACGUCGGAUUGAGCGAGAACACUGUUGAUGCUCUCAUUCAGUCGCUCAUCGCCGAAGCUCCGAACGCUGUCGUCUCUGCAAUCUCCGAAGCUCCACCACCUCCUGUCAGUGCAGACGAGCGUGCUCAGCUGUUGAAGCUCCAAGAGCUCAUCAAGAUGCGUCUAAGCGGCUGA